CUUGGUAAUAUUGACCUGCUAUUGGAAUUGUUAAAAAAUAGUCCCUUACAAGGCAUCCAGAAAUUUAUUAUAGAUACAUGAAAAUCAGCGGGUAAGGCGUCGAGUUUAUGAUUUGAAAGGUCCCGAAAAUGGCCUCGUUGCAUAGGUAUUAUACUAUUAUACCUAAGCAUCAAGCAGUGUGUGAUACCGAUAUAGUCAAUGAUGACAAGGAAAGACCUCAUGCAGAUUGGAGAAACCUAUAUGAAGGAGAUAUAGUAUCUGGCGAUUACGAUAGGUUGAAAAAAGCUCCGAGAAAUCCAGAUCAAAACGUAUAUGGACUGAAUGAGAUGCAGAUUGAGCACGGUUAUGAACUGGAAUAUUUGGAGGAAUACCUUGAGAAGUUGAAUUCUAAAAUGGUUGGUUUCGGCCAGGAAGAAACUGAGAAAUUCAAAGGUCAUAUUCGUAGAACAAUCGAUUCUUUAAAGAAUGUUCAUUUUUCACUACUGCGGACACAGCAAGAAAACUUCUACAUGGUUCUUGGUGAGGAGGCGACCGACGAGGGCUCGACCAAAAGGUUCAUAACUUUUUUGAAAAGUGCUGUUACGAAAAAUCCACCACCCGAUGGAGACGAGGCUUCAUCUUCUGUGUCACCUUCAAACACGCAUGCAAAGCUAGCCAUCUUCUCUUCGAAUACAUUUCAAAAGUCUCUUCAAGACCACAUUUUAUCUAUUCGAGGCCAUCUUAUUCCAUGUCUCCAGGCCCUGGUCAGGGAUGAAAUAUCUUACACUGUUAAUAGCCGUACGGUUGAUCUAGAGAAAGGUGAGAUGAAGCAGGCUGAAAAAAAGUUCUCACACACCAGGAAGUUUAAAUGGGCCCUUGAUAAGAAGGAAUGUAAACCGGAGGAUAAUGAACUGCGCAAAGUUCACUUGGACGGGAAUUCAUCGGAUCACAUUCUUCUGUUCAGAGAACAGAGGUACUCAAAACGUGUGCUAGACAUCCCAAAGAUUUAUGUCCUGAUAGGUGUCUAUUGCCAUUCUGAUCUCGUAAAUGUAGAUAAACACAGUAAAGGUUCUACAACCCCGGUUAAUACAACGGGUAAGACUCCUAAAGAGCUUGUUGAAGAAGAAAUGAGGGCGAUAAUGUCCACCUUUAACAUUGACGAAAAAACGGGCCAAAUGAGAAACUGAUUGGAAGAAUACGCAUAACCUGAAAGCAGACUGGGCGUAAAUAAAAAAAAUUAAACUUUUUUUCAGAAAUACAUAUUAAGUAGAAAAUAAGUCGAACGCACACAUAUAGUCUACACCUGCGCCUCCACUGAUGUUAGAUGCUCUUAACACGUGGGCGGAAACAGUAUUUCGGAAAUCACUUUGGUUUCUCACUUUUUUCUAAAUCAAUGAACAGAGGACAAACACUUUGUCUUUGACUCGAGCUCUUAGUUAUCUGCAUUAA